AUUUGUGAUAUGAGAGGAUCAUUAGAACUACAAAAAAAACCUCAAGUCUUGCGUCUGUAUAUUCAAUGAGUGAAAUGUCAACUUGUGCUAAUUUUUUUUAACCUUACUUAAAUUAGAGUUUGUAGUAAAGCCUAAAUCAAGGAGAAAUUAUUGUUUGGUAAAAUUGAUCUAAGGCAUUUGAUUAUUCAAUAACAUUUUGUCGGCAACUGUCAUUAUCGGAAGUAAAUUAACCAUGCAGACUGAUUUUGUAUUAUUGUUGGGACUAGCUUGUAAACUCAGAUUUCAACAUUUUUGGUAACAAUUUUACAAUUUUGAGAAAAAGCUAGGCUUCCACCUUCAUGAUGCAAGAUAAUUUUGACUUGCAUGCAGUUAAAGGUGACAACAUCUGAUCAUGAGGUUAAAUAAAUACUCCCUUUGUAGAAUCGAUCAACAAUUGCAAAGGAUUAAACUCUGAUAAGCUAUUCAUAAUGAGUUUACCAAGCAGACCUCCGUUGGAAUCUAAAGAUUCAAGUUUUGAUGACCCACUGACAAUUAAUCCUUGGAAAGUUUUAGUGGACAACAUAUGUGAGAAUUUGGACAAAGAGCUCUAUACCAAGUUUUUGUUUCACUCAAAAGAGCUGGUACUUGAUGACUAUAAUGCUCUAGAGAAGAAUGGAGAGAGAGAUGAGUACAGGCAAUAUUUUAGUAAACUGGAAGAUAAUCUUGGUGAAAAUGGAGCAGUAGAUCAUCUUGAGCAUCUUGUAAGACACCUUGGCUUGCAUGGUGGAAUGGGUGAAAUUAAUUACACAGAAUGGAUUAGCAGUUACAAGGAAGCAAAGAUAGAGUAUAUUCGGAAAUGUGAGAGUGUUCUGAAGAUAGAUCCUGACUUUAUUGGUAGAGAACUUAUUCUUGAGGAUACACUGAAAAAUUUCAGAGCCUUUAAAGGUGUUACAUUGUGUGGUAUAAGUGGAAUGGGAAAGACCAGUUUGGCUGCCCAGGUGUGUGCCCGACUUGCAUGCAGUAAACCAAAGUGGAGGAUCAUCAUCCUCAAUCAAAGAGAAAAAUCAGAACUCAACGACUUGUUGUUGGACAUGAUAGCAGAAUUGAGUGCAGAAUUAGAUGGGAAUGAGUACAUGCAGUUACUGUCUGAAACAAACACCAACCAUCUAAAGGUCAAGUGUAACAAACUGAUAGAUGAGGUUCUUGAAAAACAACUAAAUAUACUGUUAUUGAUGGACAAUGUUGAUGGACAUUGUGAUGGAGAAGAUAGACAACAUGAUUUCUCUCAGUUUAUGAAGGAACUCCUAAACAAUAUUCCUCUAAAAAGCAGCGUAAGUCCAUAGACAAUUGGGAAUGUAGAUUGAAAUUGUGACUCCCAUCCGAGGCUUUAAAACCAGUUAUAUUCCGAUUUUGCAGUGUUUUUUUAUUUUCAAUUUUCAAAACAACCAGUGGCUUUCCAGGAAGG